AUGGCGUUAACUCCAGGAAACGGGUGUCAUUUAUGGAUACUUUUUGCAUUUGCCUGUUCGUGGAGUACUGCAUUUGGACAAAUCGCUUACACACUAUCUGAGGAAACGAACCCUGGGACUACCGUCGGUAAUUUGGCAAAGGACUUUAACCUCGACAUCGGUGAUUUAGAGCGUCGUGGAUUUCAGAUUGUUUCAGGACCGAACACAAGGUAUUUCAAUGUAAACGUUAAAACGGGCAUCCUCAGCGUAAGAGAACGAAUUGAUAGGGAGCAAUUGUGCGGAUCGAGUGGUAAGUGCGCUCUACCACUGGAAGCCAUUGUGAACUCGCCUUUGAAUAUAUAUCGCUUUGAAGUAAAUGUAUUAGAUAUAAAUGACAAUGACCCUACAUUUAGCAUGUCAGACAGUGUGUUGAACAUUUCUGAAUCUUCUUUUGUGAAUGAAAGAUUUCCUUUACCGAUAGCGCAUGAUCGAGAUAUAGGCAGCAACUCGGUGAAAAGCUAUAGGCUGAGUCCGAAUGAAUAUUUCUCACUAGAUGUACAGAGCGGAGGAGAGCGAGUGACAACAGAGCUAGUGUUACGGAAAGCUUUGGACCGAGAAACACAAGCUGCUAUUCAACUGAGUCUCACCGCUGUAGAUGGAGGCAAACCACCAAGAUCGGGGACUUUACCAAUAUGCAUAAAUGUUGAAGACGUCAACGAUAACAUUCCAGUCUUUAGUAAAUCGCUGUAUAAAAUCCGUAUCCCUGAAAAUGCAGCACCAGGCACCUCAGUAAUUACAGUUCACGCAAGUGAUGUAGACGAGGGUCAAAAUGGUGAUAUAGUCUAUACAUUUCUCACCCAUGAAAAUGACAAGGAAACUGGUGAUUUUAGCAUUAAUUCAGAGACCGGUGUUAUCACGGUUAGCGGUGAUCUAGACUAUGAAAAAAGCAGUGCUGUCGAAAUUCGCGUUCAAGCUAAAGACAAAGGCCACAAUCCGAGAGCGGCACAUUGUAAAGUCUUGAUAGAAAUGUCAGACGUGAAUGAUAAUAUACCAACAAUAUCUGUGACAUCACUAGUUAACACUGUAAAGGAGGACGCUCCUGUCGAAACUAUAGUAGGCAUGAUAACUGUUGUAGAUGAAGAUAGCGGUAAAAAUGGAGAAGUGCGUGUUAAAAUCCAAAACAAAGUGCCUUUUGUGAUCAAAAACUCAUAUAAAAAUUAUUAUUCCUUACUUGUAAAUGGACCUCUAGAUAGAGAGAAGGCCAUAGAAUACAACGUCACCAUAACCGCAACUGAUGAAGGGACCCCACCUCUCUCUAGCACUAGUGUGAUCACCGUUAGGGUCUCUGAUGUCAACGAUAAUGCACCGCAGUUCCCUGAGCCAGUAAUUAAUAUUUAUAUUAGGGAAAACAGUCAGGUGGGCGGUGUUAUUCAUACCGUUUCUGCAUUUGACACUGAUUCAGAUAUAAAUGCGAGAAUAAGCUAUUCAUUACUUGAAGAUUCGAGCAAAACAUUUCCUGUAAUGUCUAUGGUCAAUAUAAACGCAGACAGUGGGGACAUUUACGCGCUGCAGUCGUUUAACUAUGAAGAAAUAAAAAUGUUUCAGUUUAAAAUCCAGGCGCGAGACUCCGGGGAUCCUCCGCUAAGUAGCAACGCAACUGUGCAUGUGUUUAUCCUCGAUGAAAAUGAUAACAGUCCCAGGGUGCUUCCUCCAUACUCUGAACACGGCCCGGUUAACAGUGAGAACAUUCCCUAUAGUGCUGAAGCUGGAUACUUUGUGGCCAAGAUCAGGGCUGUGGACGCAGAUUCUGGAUAUAACGCGCUGCUUUCUUACCACAUCUCUGAGCCCAAAGGAAACAACCUUUUCAGAAUCGUAACCAGCAACGGAGAAAUCAGGACUAAGAGGCGAAUGAGUGACAAUGAUCUGAAAACACAUCCGCUUGUCAUUCUGAUAUCUGAUCAUGGUGACCUAUCUCUCUCAGCGACUGUUUCUAUUGAGGUGGUGGUCAUGGAAAGUGUCGAACUUCAAACCAAACUUAGACAUUCCCCUAUGAAGGAGGACAGUUUUUCUGACUUGAAUUUGUACUUACUCGUCGCCAUUGCCUCGGUAUCAGUGAUUUUUCUGCUAAGCCUCAUCAGCUUGAUAGUUGUGAAAUGUCACAGGACAGACAGCGGUUUCAACAAUUACAGUGCUCCAGUUAUCACUACACAUCCUGACGGGAGCUGGUCUUACUCCAAAUCUACACAGCAGUAUGAUGUGUGUUUUAGCUCUGACACGUUGAAGAGUGAUGUGGUUGUUUUCCCCACACCGUUUCCGCCCACUGAUGCGGAACUGAUAAGUAUAAACGAGGGGGACACUUUUGUCAGGACACAAACACUUCCAAAUAAGGAAAAGACAUGGAGUGACAGUAACCGAAAGAGCAUGGGCUGCGAAUCAUCGUACCAGUGA